CUCACACAUCUUUCACAGAUCACAACAAAAUAUACAUAACAAGUUUGGAUCUAGCUACUUCAACCAAAAAAGUGCAAAUCUAGCAAAAGAAAAACAUGGCAAGCUACAAGUUUCUUGUUGUCUUGGUUUUGUUCGCUACCUGCUUAUCUCUUGCUAAUUCAGACCCGUUUAGAACCACACCCUCGGGACAAACUGAAACGGUAGUGAAUCUCAAUGAUGAAACGGAUGCAAAAGAACCUCAGCAAUAUGGUGGAGGAUACAACUCAGGUAGGUGCAGGUACGGUUGCUGCUAUCGGGGAAGCUACGGCUGCAUCCGCUGCUGUGGUUACCCCAAUGAGGAAACUAACAAUGUGGAGACCUCCAAACGCGGCCGUGGCGGCUGCAAAUACGGUUGCUGCGGCAGCUAUGCUUAUGGACAGUGCAGCGCAUGUUGCAGCCGCACCCAAGUCGCAGAAAAAUCUACCGAGCAGGAAGCUUCUCCAUGAAAAGGGAGCUAAAAACCAUGGAUAUGUUACCGUAUAACGUAUGGCCACAUUAAGCACUUGUUUUAAUACAAUAAAAUGGUACUAUGAACGUAUCUUAGAUGGUACGUGGAAAUAAAGUAAGUGGCCUUUUGUAUAUGUUUGUGUGUAUGCGCAGUUCUAAAUAUAUAUAUAUAUAUAUAUAUAUAUUUAUAUAUGUUUAAGCUUGAAGAAUACUUAAAUUUAUGACGUUUGAAUUA